GGUACCUUAGCUAAAUAUGUUAACAAUACCAGACUUUUUCAGGCUGGAGAAUUUGAGCAUACAGUGCCUUCAAUGUAUGAUGUUGUAUAUUCUCAUUAUGCAGAGUUUAAGAAAAUAGUAUCACUAUCAACAAUCGAGUGGGGUGAUGUAUCUUUAAGGGUAGGCGCUUCAUCUGACAUAAGCAAGAAGUAUAUGCUCUAUAGUGGUAUUUUCGUAAUUUCCCCAUUAUCCUAA